AGUCUGUUCAGUUACCAUCUUACCUCGGAUUAAGUAGCACCUACAAUUAAAGAAGUGAAUUUUUCUAAAUUAAUUUUCUUUUUCAACUUUUUUGAAAAGAUUCGCCGGAGUAAUGUUGAUCAGAUUACUCGUCGGAGUUUUAGUUCUGGGACUUGGUGAAUUAGUGCCCAAUGUAUAUUCUUUGGAAUGCAGAAGCUGUUCAUCUGCAACUUUGGCAGCUUGUGCUACCCUAACUGAUACACUUCCAAGCGUUACCUGUGCGGCAGGACAGGAUACAUGCUACACUUAUCUUCAAGGUGAACUAACAAUUCGUGGCUGUGAACUUCCAGUCAACACACCGGAGGAAUUUUCCUCUUGUACCGAAGACAAUUGCAAUGCAAAUCUUUAUCCCGAAAAUCGCCUUACAUGCCAUAAGUGCUCCGGAGCGAAUUGUAUAGCAAACGAAAAUUUGUCUGUGGCAGUGGCAUGCCAAAGAUAUAGAGCCGAUGAUGAAUGCUUCACACAGUUGUACAACGGAAUUGUUACUCGUGGAUGUAUGUCGGAGAACCAACAUUUGGUCACAAUUUGUCAGAGUGAAACUAUUUGCUCGAAAUGUACCGACAAUGGCUGCAAUGGAAAAACUGUAGAAGAUGAACGGUGCGUCGUUUGUGACAGUGAUGUGGACGCUAACUGUGUAACCAAUCUUAACGAAACAAUGCAGCAGAGCUGUCCAUCUAGUCCAGCUGGAAUGGGAUGCUAUAGAUUCGAUGAUGGAGGUGGUAUGAUCAAAAGAGGAUGUGUCGGCAGUCUUCUCGCAGUCGAAAUUACGGAAUGUCGACGUGAAGGAGCAUUUUGUAAGACUUGCACAGGAAACAAUUGCAAUGCACAGGUUGACUUCCAAAAAUGUCACGAAUGCGAUUCGGACAGCAAUGUCAGCUGCAUUCGAUCACCGAGCACGGUUUCAACGCAGACUUGUCGAAAUUAUAUUGACACCUGUUACGUACAUGUCGAAAACAAUAUAGUUACUAGAGGAUGUGUGUCGGGGCAAUCAGCCGCGGUUCAAACAGAAUGUGCUCGGACCGAUAGUGAACUGUGCGAAACGUGUACCGGAGAGACCAAUUGUAAUACCAAAGUCAUCGCAGGUGAAUUUUGUAUGGAGUGUGAAGAUUGUCGAACCAAUUUGAAUCAUACGCAUAGAGUGCAGUGUAAUUUGGCUGUUCGACAACGCGGUUGCUACCUAUUUGAUGACGGAGGUGACAUCGUCAAAAGAGGUUGCAUCAAUAACGAUUUACAUCCUGGUGAGGUGACUAUGUGCCGUCAACAAGGAGAAUUUUGUAAGUCGUGUUAUGGAAAUGACUGUAACGCGAAAGAAACAUUCCAACGAUGCCAAAGCUGUAACUCCGCGACCGACGUCAAUUGCAUCCGAUCUGGCGGCUCAGUGGGCGAAGUAACAUGCCGAGAUUACAUGGAUACAUGCUAUGUUCACGUACGAGAUGAUAUCGUUACAAGAGGUUGUACUGCACAGCCCUCCACACCUGCUGAAGUUCGGACGGAGUGCCAACGAACUAACAGCGAUUUCUGUGAAACGUGCACCGACAACAAUUGCAACACCUUGCUAAUUGACGGAGAGUUUUGUUUAACCUGCGAUUCGGCAGUUGAUCCAAAUUGUCACGACACUCUUAAUCACACCAUGAGAACGCAAUGUAAUUUAGGGGUGCGACAACUUGGUUGUUACAGAUUCGACGAUGGUGGUGAGAUUGUGAAGAGAGGCUGUCUGAGCCAUCUUAUUUCGGAAGAAAUUUCUUAUUGCCGUAACCAGGGACAGUUUUGUAAAACUUGCAUCGGAGACGACUGUAAUGCCAAAAUAGAGUUCACUCAUUGUAAAGUUUGUAAUUCCACACAAGGUGUGGAGUGCAUCCGUUCUGCAACGUCUGUUGCAACACGAACGUGUCGCAAUUAUCUGGAUGAGUGUUUCAUUCACGUUCAAGACGAUGUCAUUAGCCGAGGAUGCCUCCAGGAAAAUCCAGCUUUGACGAGCGAUUGCCGGAACGGAGAUAUUUGCGAAUCGUGCAACGACAGAGAAAAUUGCAACGAUAAAAUUGUGGACGGCGAAUUUUGCAUCACCUGCGACAGUACAAGGGAUCCGAAUUGCGUUGCCAAUUUGAAUCAUACCAUGAGGACGCAAUGCGAUUUAACAGUUGGCGGAAUGGGAUGCUAUCUGUUCGAUGAUGGUGGCGAAAUUAUCAAAAGAGGCUGCGUCAGCGACCUUAUAGCAGAAGAAAGGGCCUAUUGUCGACAAGAGGGAUCAUUUUGUAAGACAUGUGUUGGAGACGAUUGUAACAGCCAAUUAGAAUACCAAGAAUGUGUGACGUGCAGUUCAAACAGCACCGUAAACUGCAUUCGAUCACCGGGCUCCGUUCCAACGCAGACUUGUCGCAGUUAUAUUGACACCUGUUUCGUACAUGUCGAAAACAAUAUAGUUACUAGAGGAUGUCUGUCGGAGCAACCAACCGUUGUUCAAGUAGAAUGUAGUCGGACGAGUAGCGAUCUGUGCGAAACGUGUGCUGCGGGAAAUUGCAAUAACAAAGUCAUCGACAGCGAAUUUUGUAUGGAGUGUGAAGAUUGUAGAACCAAUUUGAAUCAUACGCACAGAGUGCAAUGUAAUCUAGGUGUUCGACAGCUCGGUUGUUAUCUAUUCGAUGAUGGAGGUGACAUUAUCAAACGAGGCUGCAUCAACAACGACUUACAUCCUGGAGAAGUGGCCAUGUGUCGUCAACAAGGACAAUUUUGUAAAACGUGCUACGGAAAUGAUUGUAACGCCAAGGAAACUUUCCAACGAUGCAGAAGUUGUAACUCGGCGACCGACGUCAGUUGCAUCCGAUCUGGCGGCUCAGUGGCCGAAAUAACAUGCCGAGAUUACAUGGAUACAUGCUACGUUAACGUACGAGAUGAUAUCGUUACAAGAGGUUGCCUUGCACAGCCAUCCACACCCACUGAAACUCGAACGGAGUGCCAACGAACUAAUAGUGAAUUAUGCGAAACGUGCACGGCAAAUAAUUGCAACUCUUUGCUAAUUGACGGAGAAUUUUGUUUAACCUGCGAUUCGCAAGUUAAUCCGAAUUGUCGCGACACUCUAAAUCACACCAUGAGAACGCAAUGUAAUUUGGCUGUGACACGACGUGGCUGUUACCGAUUCGAUGAUGGAGGUGAUAUUAUCAAGAGAGGUUGUCUGAGUCAUCUUAUUUCGGAAGAAAUUUCUUACUGCCGCAACCAGGGACAGUUUUGCAAAACUUGUAUUGGAGACGACUGUAACGCCAAAAUUGACUUCCAACAAUGCCGAGUUUGUAAUUCAACAAAUGGAGUCGAGUGCAUCCGAUCGGCAACGACAGUCGCUACACGAACAUGCCGCAAUUAUCUGGAUGAGUGUUUUGUUCACGUUCAAAACAACAUCACAUCCAGAGGAUGUCUCCAGGAAAAUCCCAAUUUGACAAACGAUUGCCGAAACGGAGACAUCUGCGAAUCGUGCGACUACCGAGGAAACUGCAACGACAAAAUUGUUAACGGUGAAUUUUGCAUCACUUGCGACAGCAGUAGAGAUCCGAAUUGCGUUGACAAUCUGAACCACACCAUGAGAACUCAAUGCAGUUUAACCGUAGCCGGAAUGGGAUGCUAUCUAUUCGACGAUGGUGGCGAUAUCAUUAAAAGAGGCUGCGUCAGCGAUCUUAUACCAGAGGAACAGUCGUACUGUCGUCAACAGGGUUCAUUUUGUAAAACGUGUGUGGGAAACGAUUGCAACAGCCAGUUGAGAUAUCAUCAAUGUCUGACCUGCGAUUCAAACACAAACUCGGAUUGCUUUUCGCCAAAUCAAAAUGUGACGUCAGCGGUGUGUAGAAGUUACAUCGACACAUGUAUAACGCACCUGGAAAACGGUCGUGCCAGAAGAGGAUGCUCUUCCUCACGUACCGACCUUCAACUAUCUUGUGCGAACGAUCCCUCACUUUGCAAUACAUGCGCCACCGGCACCAAUUGUAACAGCGAUAACAUUGAGCAUGAAUUCUGCAUAACUUGUGAUACGGAGGUCGAUGCCAAUUGUAGAAGUCCCAACAUUGGAAUGAGUCAACAAUGCGGUGCUGACGUAAAAUUGAACAAAUUCGGAUGCUAUCGAUAUGACGAUUCAGGCGAGAUCGUUAAGCGUGGCUGUCUCGAGGAUCUGAUUGAAGGUGAAAUACAACUGUGCAGACGUGAAGGCAGCGAGUGUAAAACUUGCGUUGGAAGUAACUGCAAUUUGAAGGCAGAAUUCCAGAGAUGUUUCACGUGCAACUCGGACAACAAUUUGAAUUGCGUUAGCUUGAAGAAUCCAUUGACCACAUCGUUGUGUCGCAGUUACACAGACUCGUGUAAAACGGUUACACUGAUUGGCGGUCGCACUCAGCGUGGAUGCUCCAAUGAAUUAACGUUAACCGGAGAACAGAUCAGUGAGGAAUGUGCAGAUGUGAACUGUAACGCCGCCAUAUUCCCACCCAAUCGCGCUUCUUGUCACCAAUGCGCCGGGUCUGUGUGCAGUGUGGAUCUUUCGUCCAGCACUGAAUUUGUGGACAUGUGUCGUAACUAUGUGGCCAACGAUCAAUGCUAUGCGUUUGUUGAUAGUGCAAAUCAAAUGCGACGAGGCUGUGCAUCUGAUGACAGUCCCGAUAGGGUUGCGUGCAGGGCAGCGAAUCAACAAUGCGUGUUAUGCAACUCAACAUCAUGUAACGCCCAACCGGCUUUCACAACUGGUAGUUUGUCUUGCAUUCAAUGUAGCAAUACCAACGUAGGAUGUGCAUGGGGUCAUGAUGCAACCGAUGCGACUAGAUGCACUGAUUCGGUAAAGUUCCCGAAUGUGGAAAGUUGCUUUACUUUACAACACGAAAAUAACGCCGUUACACGCGGUUGUACGCUCGCCACUGAACUGUGCAAUGGUGGCGAUUGUCGAACAUGUUCAGGAGCCAGUUGCAACAAUCAGAAUGUGGUCACACAAUCGUGCAAAGUUUGUCGAAGUGACCGAUCCGGAGAGGAACAGUGUGGAUCAGACGCAUUCAAUGGAUUCGAAGAACAAUGUGGUGUAGUCGUUAAAUACGAAAGUCGUGGUUGUUUCUCCAAGAGAGAAGAUGGUGUUGUCGUUCGUGGUUGUGCAGUUUCAUUGACUACUGAAGAAUUGACGCAGUGCACUGACGCCGAAAACGAAGAAUGCGUUUAUUGCGAUGGAAUCAACUGUAAUACCGAAUUGCCAAAUUCCGCGUCAUCAUCGUUGAAAUCAAUACUUUCGCUUGCUUUAACCGUUUUGUUAGCAACUGCACUAAGUUGGUAAGGUUACGCAUGGCUUGAGAUUUGUAUUUUGUGAUAUUAAAAAACCAUGGACUAUUUAAA